AUGUCAGAAAUUAAUAACCCCAAUGAAAUAUUUAUUAAUGAUUUAUGUAAAAAAGUACCAAUAAUUGAAAAUAUAUUUAGAAAAGGAGAAAUUGAAAAAACUUUAUAUGAUUUUGAAAAUGAAUUAUUAUUAUUAAAUAAUGAAAAAAAUAAUGAAAAUGAAAUUGAAAUUAAAAUUAAAAAUUGGAGAGAAAAUUUUAAAUUAUCAAAUAUUAAAAUUAAUGAAAUUAUAAAAUUAUUUAAAGAUGAAAAUUAUAAAAAUAAUUCGGAAAUUCAACAAGAGAUUAAAAAAAAAUUAAAAUCUAUUAUCGAAUUUAUAAUGAAAAAUAUUGAUGAAUCAAUUAUAAAUUAUUUAAUACCACAAUUAAUUAAAUCAAUAUUAUUAUAUAUUGGAUUUAUAAGAAUAGUUUUAUUUUCAACAACAAAUGCAACAACUACAACAACAACUACAUUGACAGAUGCAAAUAAAGAAAUUGAAAUUAAAGAUUUACAUGAAACAAUUAAAGAAUCAAUUAAUUUCAUUUCAAAUAAUAUUAAAUCAUUACAAUCAAAAGAACAAUAUUAUUAUUUAAAUGGUAUUGAUUUAAUAUUAAAGAGUGAUAUUUCAAUUUAUCCAUUAGAUUAUCAAUUAAUAAUUGAAAAACCAUUCCUUUCAAAAAGUCAAUGUGAAGGUUGUAUUGAAGAUUUAGAAACUGAAUAUUAUCCAGAAGUUUUACUACCAAUUUCAAAUAAUUCAAUCAUAUUUCGUGUUGAUGGACAAUCUAUUAGACAAUCACCAAUAAGUGAACAUGCAUUAGGUAGAAUCUAUACAUUUAAAUUAGAGCCAAUAACAAAUUGUGUUGGUCAAUUCUUAUCAAAUCAAUUAUCAUUAAAGGUUAAAUUAGCAAAUGCUUCAACUUCUUUUAAAAAUAAACCAAUUUCAAUUAGAGUUUUCUCAAUUUUACAUUAUGAUGAAAAAGAAAUGAAUAAUAAUAAUAAUAAUAAUAAUAAUAAUUAUAAUUAUGAAAUUCAGUUAGGUAAUAAUUUUGGUACUGUAAAGAUUAUAUCUGAUGUUGAGCAUGAAUUUAAUAUUAUUAAUGAUCAUUCUUAUAAUUUAAUAAAAUCAUUAAAUAUUAAAAAACCGUUUAGAUGCGGUUACAGUGAUACAACCAUUGGAUUUUCAAAAGAUUUAGGCACUGACCCAAUAUUAAAUAUCAGGCACAAACUACAAAAACCAACUUCAACUCUAACAACUGAUAUAUCUGGUAGAAUCUUAUUUAUUGAAAUAUUUGUAAAACAACCAACCAAAAUCGACUAA